GGAACGCUCCCUGGCCGACCCGUGUGGGAGACGCGGGGCGGCGACGGGGCUGUUGCUGCGAGCAGGGCCUCCGCGCGCGACACCUUCCCCGCAUAGCACAUUCCCUGCACAUAUCCCAUCCCCGCACAUAUCCCGUCCCCGCACACAUCCCAUCCCUGCACACGUCACUGUGCACAUCCUCGUGCACAUCCCAUCCCAGCACACAUAGCCACCAUGCACAUCCCAUCCCUGUGCACAUUCCCAGGCACAUCCCCUUCACUGCACACAUCUCCGCACACUUAUCCACCACGUACAUCCCAUCCCUGCGCACAGCACGUCACUGUGCACGUCCCCAUGCACGUCGCCCAUGUCCCAUCUCCGUGCACAUCCCUGCACGUGCAUCCACCACAUACAUCCCAUGCCCAUGCCCAUCCCAUCCCUACAUGCAUCCCAUCCCUGUGCACAUCCCAGCACACAUCCUAGCACGUAUAUCCACCGUGGACAUUCCAUGCUCACGCACAUCCCAUCCCUGUGCACAUCCCAUUCACCAUGCACAUCCCUGUCCACAUAUCCCCUGUGCACGUCGCAUCCCCGUACACAUUCCUGUGCACAUCCCAUUCACCACACACAUCCCUGCGCACAUCCCAAAACACUUCCACCAUGCACAUCCCAUCCCCGUGCACAUCCCAUACCACACACAUCCCUGCGCACGUCCCCACACACAUAUCCACCAUGUACAUCUCAUCCCUGUACACAUUCCAUCCCGUACACAUCCCAUCUCCACACACAUAUUCCCCAUACACAUCCCAUCUGCACGCACAUCCCAUUUACCGUGCACAUCCCAUCCCCAGCACAUCCCAUUCACUGUGCACAUCCCAUCCCUUGCACACCCCAUCCCCUCCACAUCCCAGCGCACAUCCCACUGUGCACAUCCCAUCCCUGUGCGCAUCCCAUCCUCUGCACAUCCCUGCGCACAUCCAUGCACACAUAUCCACUGUGCACAUCCCAUCCUUGUGCAGCACAGCCCAUUUCCCGCACAUCCAUGCACGCAUAUCCACCGUGCACAUCCCAUCCUUGUGCACAGCCCAUCCCCUGCACAUCCCUGCAUACAUCCCCACCGUGCACAUCCCAUCCCUGUGCACAUCCCAUCCCUGUGCACAUCCCAUCCCUGUGUACAUUACAUCCCCUGCACAUCCCUGCAUACAUCCCCACCAUGCACAUCCCAUUCCUGUGCACAUCCCAUCCCCUGCACAUCCUCACCACGUGCAUCCCGUCCCCGGCGCCACAGCGCGAGGGGAGACUCCUGGGGCAGGCCUGGCUCUGCGGCAGAUGAUCACACAGCCCUGGCUGGUUGGUACCUGUUCCUUUUAUUUACCGAGUAACACAAUAAAGCGAUGAGAUUUGAUUAUCAAAAUAUUUUCCUUUUUCCCAACAGUUAUA